UUUUAGCAUCGGCUUCACUUAAUAUAGAUAUCAUCGAACUCUGUCGUCUACUCGUCUUCUACUGGCGUCGACGUGUCAGUUUCCGACGAUCUGGUUAAUCAACCAACCAAAUUUGCAGUGAGCAUUUUUUAUAGAUGGAUGAAGGAACUUCGGGUUCACGGAGACUGCGGUCUCAAGUAGCUCCGGACUGGACAGUCAAAGACUGUCUGAUACUCGUUAAUGAGAUUGCUGCUGUUGAAUCGGAUUGUUCUAAUGCUUUGUCCAGCUUCCAGAAAUGGACGAUGAUCUCAGAGAACUGUAACGCUUUGGAUGUACGCAGAACUUUAAACCAAUGCAGGAGGAAAUGGGAUUCUUUGUUGUCUGAUUACAAUCAGAUCAAGCAGUGGGAAUCACGGUACCAAGGCAGUGCUCGUUCGUAUUGGUCCCUUAGUGUUGAGAAGAGGAAGUUACUGAAUCUCCCGGGGAAUGUCGAUAAAGAGAUUUUUGAAGCCGCCAGUGCGGUUGUGAUGAUCCAAGAUGACAAAGCUGGAACUGAGUCUGACAGUGAUCCGGAAGAGGACGACGUUGUUGAUAUCACUGCUGAAUUUGCUUGUGUAGGGUCCAAAAGAUCAAGACUGCGAGCAACGGUUACCAAGGAGAUCCCGCCACAGAAGACAAAGAUACAAGAGCCACGGAGAUAUAGAGUCCAGGAAUACAGUCAACAGAAACCUACAAAAGCAGCCCAUCCCCAUCAGAACAAAACCAUGGAGGAGGAGAAGAAGCCGGCGGAAGAAAUAUCUACAGACGAAGAAGAGGAGGAACCAAUGAACAUAGAAGAGGAUGUAGAAGUGACGAAAGCGAAGCUUAGUUAUAAAAUUGACUUGAUACAUGCGAUAGUCGGUAGGAAUCUAGCCAAGGACAAUGAAACAGGGGAUGAUAUUAGUAUCAAGGACAAGUUGAAGUAUGUGAGACAGCAAGGAGACGAGCUUAUCGCUUGUCUGAGUGAAAUUGUUAAAACUCUUGGUAGGCUCCGUGAAGUUUAAUCAUGAAUGAUUAAACUAGGUGAAUAACUGUCUGCUGUAAAUCUCUUUAGGCAUUUGCCUCUUUGGAGCUGAUCUACUCGUAAUACAGUAUUGUAGACUUGUAGUAAAUGAAAACGCUGGUACUAUGUAAAUCUGGCAGUAUUGUAGACUUGUAGUGAAUGAAAACGCUAGUACUAUAAAUUGGCAGAAA